AUGAACAAAGCGGCAUUUGUGUGUUUCGGAACUAUCGUUACGGUGUUCAGAUAUCUGUUGGCGUUCGUGACAAUCGUCCAGUCACUUUUGGUGAUAGACAUGAAGAACCAUUUGAUCAGUCCUCUCCGAGACUGGCUGUCUAACUUAAUUUUCUAUUCGAUUUUCGCUUCACUUUUCGUUAUAUCGGUGACCGCCAUCAGCUCAGCAGACUACGCGGAAAAGAACAUACACAGGUUCAAGUAA